CUCCAUUAUAAAAAGACCCUUCUCAAAGAGAACAUCGUGUUGUUCGUGAUCCCUUACAAACGUUCCCCAAUCAAAUCUAACCAUGUCUGGCCGUGGAAAGGGAGGAAAGGUAAAGGGAAAGGCAAAGUCCCGCUCCAACCGUGCCGGUCUUCAGUUCCCCGUUGGCCGUAUUCAUCGUCUCCUGCGCAAGGGUAACUAUGCCGAGCGCGUCGGUGCCGGAGCGCCCGUGUAUCUGGCAGCCGUCAUGGAGUACUUGGCCGCUGAAGUGCUUGAGUUGGCCGGAAACGCUGCCCGUGACAACAAGAAGACGCGCAUCAUCCCGCGUCAUCUGCAGCUGGCCAUCCGCAACGACGAGGAGUUGAACAAGCUGCUGUCCGGAGUAACCAUCGCUCAGGGUGGUGUGCUGCCCAACAUUCAGGCCGUGCUGCUGCCCAAGAAGACCGAAAAGAAGGCUUAAACUGUGUAACAAAGCUUCCUUCAUCUCAAACCCAAAACCGUCCUUUUCAGGGCGACAAAUAACUUUGCCAAAGACAUUUUAUUCGAUUUAUGCUGAUAUGGGACAACCAGAAGUAAGAACAUUUUCUAAUAUAGAACGGUGCUUGAAAGUGUGCACAAAAUGUAAAUGAAAAAAUGUGCCUCCUUUGGGCACAAAAAGCAUCAUUUACUGUUUUCAAUUCUCUAACCCUGCGAAUUAUGUAAAAUGCAGCAUAUCAGAAGCGAUGUGUAAAAUUUUCCAGGUAGCUUGGUAAAGCGGGUUGGUUUUACCAUAGCAAAUGCAAGCAGUGAUACCUGUGUGUUGACCUUUUUUCUGCAAACGGUAAAGGACACGUUUACCUGAUUUAUCGUGAACCACGGGAAAAUG